AUGGAAGGCUGCAACAUCUCAGAUGCACGAGGAGCAGGUGCAUUUACCAUUUACGCCCUGCUCCUCCUCUCCGUCCUCACGUCCAUUUCUUUGAUGUUUUGUAUUUUUUUGACUUUUCUUGAAUCCCGCACCCUGAACCUCACUCGCACCUCAGCUGCUGGACAUGCCAGCAGCAAUCUUCGCCGUUCCACGGAGCAAGAAGCAAAGCAGGACGAAAUGGCACCAGCCCAUAUGGCUUACUCUGCAGACCUUCUCGAUGGUGGAAUAGAAGACAUCCAGAUUCAACCUCUUCGUCCGUUGCUGAUGACGCCGUUGCCCGAUGAAAAUAGCCAUCCACUUAUUGGAGAGUCGGGCGAUUUGUUAGGCAGCAUUGUGGACAAUCUAAAGAUAUCUGCACUGGACCCCAAGCGCGCUCCGCGUAUCCCCCUCUUCCAACACCAGCUUCGCGACGCGACGCAGCCAAACACGCACCCCGGGUGCGAAAAUGAGGCCGUUUCAACUGUUGCUAAGUGGGAUGGAAAGAUUUGUUGGGCAUUAAAGGGUUCUAGCAUCUUUAAUGAUGCAGACGAAGAGAUCGACGCCUUCAACGCUCGCUCAAAUAUGCUUGUUCGCCAACCCUACUCUGAGCUCUGGGUUUUCCAGUAUGGCCUUCGCUACAUUCCCGCCCUCACUGAUCGUGAUGUCUACCGUACCAUCCGCAUCGAAGAGCUCCCUCGCGGGGUAGUUAUGAGCCAAGUCCUUCCACUUAUCGUUGGUGAGGUAUACUGCGCUAGACUGGCGGAUACAAGUAACAUCACCGGCUAUAACACGGCCAUGAUCACUUUCGUUACGCAGGAAGACGCUGUCAAGUUUGUGACUUUGAUCGUAAACAAAACCAUUGUCCUACCAUUUGAAAAACUUGUCCCUGUCCACACACCAACCUACCCCACGCCUGCCGAGACAGGCCGCUUGAUUACCGAGGAAGGCUACACCCGCACACUAGGCGUAUUCCACAUCAGGCCGUCGCUCAAAACAGAGAUCAUGCGUCUGCUAAAUAACACAAACUUCAAAUAUUUCUUACAGGUAGAAGCUGUUGAUGAUGGCCCUGCUGUUUGUGAAGUUUCAGUGAAGAUGCUGUCAGUCAAGGCAGCGGCAAUGUUGUUCGAAUGGCUUCGGAGGCAUCCGGCCCUAGGAAAAUGUCAAUUUCGAUUCUUGCGACAAAGUGGCGCGCCCUCUGAGGGAAAAUCUGUGGUGGUGAGCGCUGAUUCGCAAACUGCCAGCUGGUAG